CUAUUUUAGUGAGCAAGCGGGCAGAACAUAUUUCGCAUCCGUCAAUAAAAAGUGUCUCCACAAUGCUUUCCUUCCGGCAGCUGGUAUGCUUCAUCCUAUCGCUGCUCUCGUUCAUCUCGGUGUUCUACUCGGUCGGUAAGCUGGGGGUCUUCCUGGCCACUCCUGUCCAGCGCGAUUUUAAGCAUGUUCUGUUGAACAACUUCCUGGAUGAUCAAGCCCUGCUGAAAGCGACACUGUUUUCGUUGUGCUUCAACUCUAUCUGGAUAGUGCUGUUUGUGAUCCAGCAUAGUGCCAUGAAAGCGGAUCUGGUGAAAAGCAUCUGGCGGAAGCUGGGCCUGGAGAUGGCCGAGAGAAGUGUGUACAAUAUUGCUUCGGCGUACUGUUUGUUGAUUCUGCUGAAGAACUGGAAGACUACUCAAUCGUACCAACUGUGGCACGUCGAUGUUCAAUCGAGUCCGGCCCUUUGGUGGACAUUUGUUUCCGCUCACAUCGUUUCGUGGGUUGUGAUCUACGGAGGGAGUCUGCUGAUGGAUUUACCAGAAUUGGUUGGGUUAAAGCAGAUCUACUAUGACGUUAAUGAUUUGGCCCCACCGAUGAGUUACAAAUCACGGGAACUUCGUAGCUUUUACGCCCGACUGAGACAUCCUUCGUUCGUUGGCCUGUCGGUGGUACUGUGGAUUACCAAUUCCAUGAGCUUGGAUCGCCUUCUGUUGGCUAUCAUUUGGAGUACCUAUAUGUAUCUGUCCUGGAACACCAAUAAGACUGAUCUCGAAUACCAGAAGUAUCAGCUCAGUCGAAAGAAGGUCGAGCUGACAAAUGUCCAGGAAUGAAGAUAAGAGGUUUAAAAUCGUGGGUAAUAAUUGAAACUCUUGCUCGCAAAGCGCCCGAUGCCUUGAAUUAAUUUAUUAAUAUUUUGUCUUGCUGCAAACUUGCUUUCUUAUACACAAAUGUGUUUUCUUUUUUUUAAUGUAUUUCGCCGUAGCCAUAUACUUCAUAAACUUAAGUAUAUCUG